CGCUUUCGGCUUCUCACUCGUCGCCGUCUUGCCGCUAGCCUGUCUCACCUCGCGGCCGGCAGCCUUGCGCGACGCGCCGCGCUCUUUCACAUUCAAAAUUAUUCGCAACGAUUAUAAAAAGUCUCUGUGCAAUAAAAAUAUUAUUUCGUCUUUCGAUGCGGUCGCAAUUGGCUUUUGCAACAGAGACAUUGUUAAAACUUUAUAAACUAUUUAAGUGCCUUUAAAACUUUGAAUGCACUCCUCGUUGCAUGUCCCGCGCGCGUCGUUAUGAGAACCCCGUACUGGCGGUCACGUUGACGUCGCGCGGUGCCGCCAUAUCUGUCUCGGCCACCAACUAGCAAAAUUAAUAGAAUGGCGGAGGGCAAUGGAGAAAUAUCCAUUGAAGAGGUACCUGGGAAGGACUCUGAUGUAGGCCGCACACCAGAUUACCGCAAACUCAUUGAUUAUGGCUUGGAUCCUCAGGUAGCCGCCAAGCUGGACGACAUUUAUAAGACUGGAAAGCUAGCGCAUGCAGAACUAGAUGAGCGUGCGUUAGAUGCCUUAAAAGAAUUUCCAUCCGACGGUGCUUUAAGUGUUCUUGGACAAUUUUUAGAUUCAAAUCUCGAGCAUGUAUCUAAUAAAAGUGCAUAUUUAUGUGGAGUCAUGAAGACCUAUAGACAGAAAAGCAGGGCGGCCGUCCAGGGCGCUCCCGCCCUGUCAACUUCUGUCCAGGUCAAAGGGCCAGACGAGGAGAAAAUCAAACAGAUACUGGCCAGGACCGGGUACACAUUAGACGUCACCACAGGUCAGCGCAAGUAUGGCGGCCCGCCGCCGGGCUGGGAGGGGGGCACGCCGGGCGCCGGCUGCGAGGUGUUCUGCGGCAAGAUACCCAAGGACAUGUACGAGGACGAGCUCAUACCGCUGUUCGAGCGCUGCGGGGAGAUAUGGGACCUGCGCCUCAUGAUGGACCCCAUGACCGGCACCAACCGCGGAUACGCCUUCGUCACCUUCACCACCCGCGAGGCCACCAUGCGCGCCGUCCAGCAGCUCGAUAAUCACGAAAUAAAACCUGGGAAGACUCUGAGAAUUAAGAUUAGCGUACCGAAUCUGCGACUUUUCGUCGGCAACAUUCCCAAGUCUAAAGGCAAAGAGGAGAUACUGGAAGAGUUUGGUAAAUUAACAGCGGGACUCGUCGAAGUUAUUAUAUAUAGUUCGCCCGAUGAUAAGAAGAAAAAUAGAGGAUUUUGUUUUUUGGAAUACGAGUCUCACAAAGCGGCGUCAUUAGCGAAACGUAGAUUGGGAACAGGUAGAAUAAAGGUAUGGGGCUGUGAUAUUAUAGUGGAUUGGGCUGACCCCCAAGAAGAACCCGAUGAGCAAACGAUGAGUAAAGUUAAAGUACUGUAUGUAAGGAACCUGACGCAAGAAAUAACAGAAGAAGCGCUGAAAGAAGAGUUUGAACGUUAUGGAACCGUGGAGCGCGUCAAGAAAAUCAAGGACUACGCAUUCGUACACUUCGACGACCGGGACUGUGCAGUAAAGGCAAUGCAAGAAUUAGAUGGUAAAGAAAUGGGAACCGCACGAUUGGAAGUGUCUCUGGCAAAACCGCCCUCCGAUAAGAAGAAAAAGGAAGAAAUACUCCGCGCUCGAGAGAGACGCAUGAUGCAGAUGAUACAUGGCCGAGGCGGAUUUGAUUGGUGCAGCUGCUCGCCCGUGCACGGCGCGCUGCGCGGCCGCACGCCGCAGCCGCAGCCGCGCCCGCCGGCCGCGCGCGGCGACUACGGGGGCUGGGUCAUGUGGGACGGGCGGGCGCUGGGCGCGGCGCGGGGCGGCGGGGGCGGGGGCGGGGGCGCCGGCCGCGGCUGGGGCCCGUGGUGGUGCACGGCGCGCCGCGCGUGGCCGCCGCACGCCCAGCGCCAUGCGUGGCAACCCGCGCGCCAAGCCAAGUUUACCAGGUAAACGUAAACAUGACGGGGGUCACCAGAACCUCGGCGGGGAGACGAAGCGGCGGCUGGGCGCGGCGGCGGCGGCGGCGUGCGGCUGGGGCUCUAGCUAGUGGCGCCGGCCGCCGCCGCGCGCCCCCCCUCCCGCCGCCGCCGCGCCGUCCCCGCCGCGCCCCCGCCCGCCCGCCGGCCCGCGGCGCCGCCGCCCCCCUGUCUCGGAGACACUACAAGCGCGCAGGGAGGCUCGCCGGACGGCGCGCGCGCCGCGGACGACGGUUACGUUUACACAGCGGACCCCCGCCCUGUAACGAGGGGGUCGCACCCUUUUUUUUUCUAUAUAUGUGUUUUUUUAUUUGAUUUUCAAGUUUUCGAUUUUGUAUCGCAUCGAUUCCGUAAAAAUCUUAAAGUAGGAAGUUAUGAAAUGUUUCGAAUGUAAGUUUUCCGUUAUGCUUAUGUUUUUCAAUGUCGUAUUAGCCGUAUAUAUUGUUUAAUAUAUACUUUAUAUUAUGUGGUGGGCGCGAGGCCGCGGUUGCCUGUUUGCGGCCGCGCGCUCGGGUCGUAGACCCGUCGACUGUUUUUUUUAAUACAUGUUAUUCAAUAUAUUUUAUUCCUGCGAACGCAUUUUGCGAUGUGAUGUGUAUUUUAGCAGUAAUUAUUAUAUUUAAGGAGUUUGACUGUUGUUUUUUGACAUACUUACAACUUAGGUUACAUGAGGAUUAUUGAGGAUGAAUUAUUGAUGGAAUGAAAUGAAGUAGCUACUACUCGAUUACGGCUAAAAUAGAUCCACCCGUGUCUCUUAUCUGUAUCGAUAACAUUUCCCGACUGUGUUCCUGCUUUAGUUUUUUGCUUUAUUUUUAUUACAUAUUCCCCUAUAAAAUACAUUAGCGUGAGGAUGUAGUAUUGUAAAGUUCAGGAUAUCUGUAAUGUUUAUUAUUGCUCUACUAAACUUUUUUUGUAUUACGCUCACAUAGCAUGUCCCAUACUGUUAGAACUCUGACUUGUAUCAAUCUUGUAUCAGUUUAAUAAUAUGUGGAAUAAAUUUGCAAAACUGUGUUUGCCUUAUUAUAA